GUUCACCAGUCCCAUCAACCAUCUCCAUUACCACUCUCCUUACACAUCUACCGUACAAUACAGACAGUCCGUCUGCGCUUACACUACUCGCCCCACCACACGGAAAUCCACAUGAGCUCGCUACAGACGAGAGACUUGAACGUUGCGGAGUUCGACUAUGCGUACUCCCGCAAAAACCUCAAGCCGGUGACGCCAGAGACGGCCAGCGUCGAAUCAUUACCAAAGCCAGAAAAGCUGGAGGAGAUAAAAUUGACGCCCAGAUCGCGCGCGCUCGCGCGACACCGGUCGCUCAACGGGUUGGAAGAGGUGAAAGAAAACGAUGACUCUGGAGGAAUACAAGCGCGGAUUAGACGCUACGCAUCAAUCAGCCUGACAGAAGAAGCGCAGGUGUAUACAAGACCAACACGGCAGACAUCGCAGCGGUCGUUGCGACUGGCCUCGCAACUCUCAUCGCCUAGCACGGAGCCCGGAACGUUGAUGGAGAGCGUUAUUCGGCCAAACAGGUCAAAGAUUGACCAAAUGGACAAGCGCAAGCUGGCGCAGGAGUCAAACGCCACGGAAAAGCUGUAUCUCUUCCAGUCCAACGACGCCAAAAUCAUGGUCUUCCACGACCAGCUCGGUGAGGAUAUCUCCAAAGCGACUAGCACAAAGGGACGCUUGCUCGGGCAUGGCGCGUUUGAGAUCUACUCGAUGCACUACGGCUCUAUCACGUAUCUCCACUGCGGGUCUGUUAUCUACCCCCUCUUGCCGCGCUUGAAGAUCCUCCGCAUUAACUACAACCAGUUCAUUGUGCCGUUGUCAAACCCCGAGCGGUACUGGCAGAUUACUCUUUUCACGGUGGACGAGGCUGUGAUUGACCAGCUCGUGGCAGUAUUCAGUAAGAGCGUCAAGUUCCGGAACCUCUACUUUAAAUCAGGCGACGAGCUCGAGGAUAAAGCCGAGUGGGAGAAGUUGAGGCGCGAGGUGGCAGAGCGGGGAAACUCGGUGCGCAGCGCCAGCGAGAAUAUCGAUAGGAUUAUUGAUUCGAAAAGGGCUAAUGGAUUGUCUCCCGAUAGCGCUAUGGAUCUAGGGGAAAUGCCCCGCGAGCUUGAUUCGUUGUGUCGCACCACCUCUGAUUCGUCGCUCAACUCAACCAUUCGCUCUGCCACUGCCUCGCCGGUAUUUGAGGAGUUGGGGAUGAUCGACGAGAUUGUCAACCCAGAGAGCGAUACCCCUCAAGCUGAGGGGCUUGGUCUGAUCUUGAAAGACGGUCGCGAAGCAAACAGUGCUCUGGGGUUCCCAAUUGAUCUCCAGCACAAUCUUGAUCUGAAUUUCCAACUGAAUUUUGUCGCGAACCGUGCUCUGAGCUUCGAUCUGAGCCUUGGACUCAAUAGAGACGCCUUCCCUCCUAUAAAACAACCAUACCCGCCUUACCCAAACCCAGACGAUACCCAGUUAUACUCCCAAGCACCCCUCGACCUCCACAUGCCUGCCCCUGUUCCCGCUAAGACCUUCCACGAGGAGAAAACCGCCUUUUUGAACGAUUUCCCAGACUUACCUGUACUUUCGCCGAUUUUCUCGCCCGUUACUGCGUAUGAAAUCAGCGCACCGCUCAAAAAGACCAAUUCUGCCUCCUCGCUUGAUUCGCUCCUCGGUGAGUUUGAAGAAUCGUUCAGCAGCAACGUCAUUCCUCCUGCAAACCCUGUCUACGGUACGCAACACCAGACCUCCCAUGAUACGUUAAUGCAUAGUGUCUCACAGCGGCCGUCGCGCAGACCGUCCAUGGUCUCCAAUAUGUCGCUUUCCCUUCGCAAGUUGGAACAAAAGCACGUCAAAGAAGAAGCAGGGAGUUUAGCCUCUUCGUUAUACCGCCGUGAAUCGUCGUGGAUGGACCCCAAUGACAUUGAAAUUGCUAGCUAUAUCCAUGAAGCAACCGAAAACUCUGUCCAGUACUGCCAGCUUAACGAAGCGAACUUGGCAAGACAGGAAGCGCACCCGUUCGAACCAAAAGUGAGCCUAUCCCGUAAAACAUCCUUUGAGUCUACCCUCAACUCGUACCGUUUGCCAUACUACUCCCAUUGGGGUCCAUCUGACGAAGCUCACAACCCUCCAAGAACGCAUCGGCGCCCCCGGCUACCCAGCCGUUCAAAUACUUACGAAAAAUAUGAGGCCAGAGAUGACGGAUUCAGAGACAGAGGGGUCGAAAGCCCUGCUGACCUCCGGAGGGUCCAGCGUGGCAUAAUCCACAGCCAUUCGGCUGACAUCCGGAGCUUGUCUAAACGCAACCUGACGAGCUUGUCUGAGCACCUGUAUCCCGUUGUAUCUGUUCCACGCACAUACGAUUCAGUGCCAGAAAAGAGUAGCUCAGCCCGUGACACGUUACGGCAUCAAAAUAGGCCCCAAGGGUUGCCCGAUUAUCCGAUGUCACGGUCAAGAAAGACGUCAGAGGUGGGUAGUGACUAUCAACAGCGCAAGAAGGACAGGGUUAGGUCUGCGGUAAACGGCAGUCAUCGAUUUGAUUCUCAAGAGAUCUUCAGUAUAGUGUCAUCUAGAGCCACAACCCCGGGCCUUAUUUCCCGUUCUGCUUCCGUCCGGGACAUUCCGUUGGCACAGCAGCAAAGGAAGCCGUCAUUUGCGUCCAAGCUCUUUGGGUGGUGAGGCAGGCUCAGGAAGACAAAGAUUUUGUUAGGAUUGAAAGUCUAUUCUGUCGAAACGUGGCACUAGUAGUUGUCAUACGCCUUUCAAAUCAAUGGCCCUGCCAUGAGUGUACUAGGUUAUAUUUAUUUAUUUUGCCCUUUUUCAUGUUUUAUGUUUAGCCGGGAAGUAGUUAACUUUUUAUAUCUCAGAGUGAUACCCAUAUUAACGUUUGAACCUGUGAAUUUGCAAAU